CAAGCAUCCGGCGGUCGAAUAUCACUACAGAUCGACGACCGUCGGCGCCUGCCGAUCUGACUGAGCAACCACGCAUCGGCUCAUCGGCACUGCACGCGCGCACGCGGAGGGGGGCUUGAGAAGCGGCGGCGGGGUGAGCUGACAACUCCUCGAGUCACUGCAUAGCGAGCGAGAAUCUCUGUAAGAUGAUGAUCAAAGGUUGUCGCCAUUUGACUUCGCUCCUUUAUCCUCACACAUAAGCCCAUCAUCCAUCCGCUGGUCGUCCAUUCAUCCUCCUCCCCAACCACCCACCCCCACGCCAGUCGGCAAGAGAUCGAUUCGAUCGAUCCAUCGAGGGCGACCCUUCGUCUGCCGUCAUCGUCCUCCCACUUCCCGGCGCAAAGCUACUCUUCAGCCGCAGGACACGCUCUAAAGGCAGAACGGCGGUGCAAGCUACAUAAGGCGUCUACUUUCGACCGGCAGAACCCCUGCUUCACCCUCACAUCAAAAUGUUGGCCAACUCUCGCGAUUCAGCAUCUGCGCCACCCUCACCGGUGGAUGACACGCGCGACUCGCCCAUCUCAGCUGCGUCCACUGUAGCGGAUGGGGAUCGCUCAACUACCCCAGCGCACAAAGCCGAGCUCGAGCCCGCGGGCAAAAAGAAGGAGCAUUGGCUGGAGAAGGACGUUCAUGUCAUUCCCAAGAACAAUCUCCUGGUCGUCUUCUCAGCCUUGAUGCUCUGCGUCUUCCUCGCCGCUCUCGACCAGACGAUUGUAUCCACCGCUCUGCCUACAAUUGCCUCCGAUUUGCGCAUGGGUGCUGCGGGUUACUCGUGGGUGGGGACGGCCUACCUCUUGACUUCAACGGGGAUGAUCCCGCUCUAUGGUCGACUGAGCGACUUGGUCGGGAGGAAGCCUCUGUUCUUCUUUGCGAUCAUCGUCUUCCUCUUUGGAAGUGGAAUGGUCGCCGCAGCCCAAAAUACCAUCUGGAUCUGCGCGUGCAGAGGAGUGCAAGGGAUCGGUGGUGGUGGGAUCAUCGGGCUUGUGCAAGUUGUCACAUCAGACAUCGUACCAUUGCACAAGCGUGGCGCCUUUCAAGGACUCUUUGGUGCCGUCUGGGGUGUGGCCUCCGUACUGGGCCCCCUUAUUGGUGGCGCAUUGGCUGACUUGCCCAACACCGGGGGCGCAUCGUCGCUGGGAUGGCGUUGGGCGUUUCUCCUCAACGUGCCCCUCGGGGCUGUUGCGCUCGUCAUUUUGUACUUCAAGCUCAACCUCAACCCAGUGGAAAAGCGCAGUGUCAAGCAAGUAGUCAAGGAAUUCGACUGGAUCGGCUGGGUACUUCUCCUGGCCGCCAUCGUCAUCUUUCUGUUUGGCUUCUCUCAAGCCGAGACUGUAGGCUUCAAUGCCGCGCAGACAAUCGCGCUCAUUGUAGUCGGCGCCGUCCUCUUCCCCGUUGCAGUCACUUGGUCCUUCUUCUGCCAACGGCUGUUCCCUAGCGUCCGGCCCAUCCUCCCACCACGCGUCUUCCGUACGCGAACAACCACCUUCAUCCUUAUGACAGUCCUCCUGCACGGCUUUGCAUUCUUUGCCGUAACGUACGAGCUGCCGAUCUACUUCCAGGCAGUCAAGGGCGCAAACCCGACCCUCUCUGGCGUCUACAUGCUCCCCUAUGCCUUGAUCGGCAGCAUCGUCUCGGCGGUAUCUGGCAUCACAGUCGUAAAGCUCAAGAAAUGGCGACCCGUUUUCUGGUACGGAUGGACAAUGAGCGUUCUUGGAUACAGUCUUAUGACGCUCAUCGAUGGCGAGUCGAGCUGGGCCGAAAUAGAGUGCACGACGGCGGUUGCUGCACUAGGGUACGGCGCCCUUUUCCAGGUACCUCUCCUGGGGAUGCUCUCCGCCAUGCCCACCAGCGAGCAAGCAGCCACCACCUCCACGCUGGCGCUCGUACGAUCCAUGUCCGGCUCAAUGGGCAUCUCCGUUGCCGGUGCCGUCUUCAAUGCUCGAGCAAAGGAGCUCACAGCCAACAUACCAGGGUAUGACACCCCCUCCAAUCCUUCGGCAGACCUGCGCGGCCUCGUAGACAUUCAGCCGCCCUCGCUCAGCCGUGAAGUCAUCCACGAGUACGGCAAGGCUCUCAAUCUCGUCUGGAUUGUGCUUGCGCCCAUCGUGGCCGCGGGCUUCUUAUUCUCCCUGCCUGUCAAAUCGUACAGUUUGAACAGGCAGAACCACGCGGAGGAGAAGCAGAGGGAGGAUAAUGUAGAGGAGAUGCAAGUCACCGAGGCCGCCGCUGGUGGCGCAGCGGCGCCGACGAAGGAGCAAGAUCAUGUGCCGACGCGAGAGGUGGAAGAGGGGCCCAAGACGCCGGCUGCUACUCGUAAUGGGGAGGGUCCGAACGCUUAG